AUGGGCAGAAGCGAAACGAGGAAAGAGUGGUCGCCAAAUCUUCAGAACUGUUACCUCCAAUGUCCUAAUGAUCCAACCGCCCAGGCACAAGCCGCACAGAAUGCUGGCACCCGUCAGGCCGUCUGCGCGCGCGUGACAACAACGUCUACCCCCCCACCUGCAACCACAACGUCGUCAACGUCAACACCACCAGCUGCACAAUCAGCAACUACUACCCAAUCGACAUCAGAAGCAACUCCAGGAUCUAGUAACACUAAGAACUCUGCUGGAUCUAUUGUCGUCGGAAAAUUGAUGCUUGCGUUGCCUGUCAUUGUUGCUUUAUUCGGAUGA